AUGGAGCUUUUUAAAACCCUUAUAAUAUCACUUUAUAUGCUAUUGACAAUAGUUAUUUGUUUCAAAAAUGUUGGUGGAGAGAGUGUAGAUGGAUUAUAUUUUCCUCCUAAAACAGUGACAGUUCGAAUCACGAACCGUUUAAAAGAUCUGCAACUUGAUUUGCAUUGCAAGGACGCUCAAUCGGAUUAUGGGUUUCAAACACUUAGAGUUGGUGAAAGUUGGAGUUUCCAAUUUCACCCUGACCCAUUAUGGCCUACAUCAUUAUACUUUUGUAGCUUCACAUGGCUCACUGAUACGAGGCUACACCGCUUUGAUAUUUAUUCUUUUAGGCGUGGUGAUCGAUGUAGAGAGUGUGAUUGGGAGGUUCAUGAAUCCGGUUGUUGUAAGGUUUUGGGUAAUGGUCAGCUCAAAUGCUUUGAUUGGAAAAGUAUUGGAGAUAACAAUAAUAAUCUUGGUGUGUAA